GUGGGAGACGCAUGCGGCUUUCUCAAAGGCAAGCACACAAGCAAGACAGAGGACUUGAUUGAAACAAUCGAAGACCCAAUCGAAACUUCAGGCCCAGACCCAUUCUUGGGCCGCGGCCACUUGUUGACAGUUGGUCACAGUAUUGGUUCUUAUGUUCUCAGCUUGCUGACCACAAAUGACGAAUGCGCUUUCUUCAGACGAAUGGCGAUAAGUGGAUGGUAAUUUGAUGCCAUGUAUUGAACCACACUGCUGGAUGCCUGCCAUUCAUCGAAGCUAUGCAGGGCCCUUAAGAGAUCUCCGAAGUAUGCCUUCAGGAGGAUUCUUGAAGAAACUGGCCGUUGGAGGUGAGCUUUUGGCUCAAGCUCGCACCUCGAAGCCUUGUAGACUCAGCAUUUAAGGAUGAAGCUCUUCUCAGCUGCACUAUUGACACUGGCGACAGGACAGGCAGACUGGUGUCGCUGGGUGCCAUUGGCCUCUCAGCAAUAUGUCCCGCAAUGCUCUGGCUAUGUGUACCCUUUUGGCACCUAUGGCCAUCCUGUUUGUGCAAGUUGGUGCCAAUGGGUUCCCGGUCCAUCUUGGGUUUACACGCCAGAAUGUCGUGGCUGCUACAGCUUCGUCACAACAAGCCAGAAGUCUGCUAGCGUGUCGCUGGUGCAACGUGCAUGCAAGAAAUCCUGCCAAUGGCUAUCAAGACCUGCUUGGGAGGGGACACACGACUGCAAGACUUGCGAGCAGCCACUGGAGCAAUUCGUGAUUCCAGUGGUAUUCACUGAGAAACUCUCAGAGCCAGGAUUGAAGGUGAAGGUGAAGGUGCAGUUACCAGAUUGGUGCCAGUGGGUUCCCUUGAGCUCUCUGCAGUAUGUGGCAGAGUGCGGAUCAAGUGCUCGCCCUGCAGGUGCCGCAGGCCCUGCAGAUCCUGCAGACCCUGCAGCACCCUCUGUCACCGAAAGGUGUGCAAGUUGGUGCAGCUGGACCUCGGCCUCGUCUUGGCCGGACACACCAGAAUGCAAGCAUUGCACACCAGACACACUGCCAAACGUAACUUAUUCCACAACUGGGUGUGUAGAAUGGUGCCAGUGGGUGUCGCGCCCUGCGUGGCACAGGACACCUGACUGUGCUGGCUGCGAAAGUCCUGCACCAAAUAUCCAGAACAUCACGCAGCCGAUGUCUCAUGAUGCGUCUCAUCUCGCAAUUCCAGACCUUGUGCCAUGAGCUUAGCCAUGGUGACUCACCCCCCGCUCAACCGCACAGUGUGACAAUUUCAGUCCUGCCAGGUGCUCUAGCUGUGCUCAGACAUACAGUGUGGCAGCUUGGGUUCUGCCAUGAGCCAUGUACAGAUUUGCCAGUAGAGCUUGGCAGCUUCUGUCCUGUAAAGUUCAAGCCCUCCAAUGGUUCUUUUGUUGCCAUCAAACGUGGUAAUCUUCAGAUGAAGUCUUCAGUUACAGGAAGCGUACGCAAAAAGAAGACACCAAGUCUCUGAGUUCGCCUCAA